AUGUUUCCAACAGGUUUAUCUUCCCCUAAUCCCCCACCACCGCCAACCCAGGAGGCUAGACCAGUGGCUACUGAUGUCAAACCCGACAGCGGUAACAUCACAUCCCCGAAGAAGAGGAAAAUAAACGGCUCUGAGAGGGAAGACACUGCUGACAAGUCCCUGAAUUCCUCCUCCUCUUCCUCCUCCUCCUGCUCCCCGCUGCACAUCCAGAAGAAGUUGAGGUUUGAGGAUUCAGUGGAUAUCAUUGGACUGGAUGUGAAAAUGGCUGAGGAGGCUGCUGCUGCUGCGGCGGCCGUGGUUGCUGCUUCUUGCUCCAAUAACAAAAGCAAAGCCGUGUUCCUGCCCGGUGUCGGGACGGGACACCAUGCGAACGGACUGACGAAGCCCGCAGGCUCCUCCGGGACCUUCUCCAACAGUAAACCCGGGGCGGCCAAGAAACUAGUCAUCAAGAACUUCAAAGAAAAACCCAAAUUGCCUGAGAACUACACGCAGGAGACCUGGCAGAAGCUGAAGGAGGCAGUGGAGGCCAUACAGAACAGCACUUCAAUCAAGUACAACCUAGAAGAGCUCUAUCAGGCAGUUGAGAACCUGUGCUCCCAUAAGAUAUCUGCCAAGCUUUACAAACAGCUGAGGGCCGUGUGUGAAGACCACAUCAAGUCACAAAUUGAGCAAUUCAGAGAGGAUGCCUUGGACAGUGUGCUUUUCCUAAAGAAAAUUGACACAUGCUGGCAAGAUCACUGCAGACAAAUGAUCAUGAUUAGGAGUAUAUUUUUGUUUUUGGACCGUACCUAUGUUUUACAAAACUCAAUGCUGCCAUCUAUCUGGGACAUGGGUCUGGAGCUGUUCAGGUUCUACAUCAUCAGCGAUCUGAAGGUCCAGUGUAAAACCAUCGACGGGAUACUGCUGCUCAUAGAGAUGGAGCGAAACGGAGAAGCGAUAGACCGCACCUUACUGAGGAGCCUGCUGAGCAUGCUCUCUGACCUGCAGAUUUAUCAAGACUCCUUUGAGCAACGCUUUUUGGAGGAAACUAAUCGCCUGUACGCUGCAGAGGGACAGAGGCUGAUGCAGGAGAGAGAGGUCCCAGACUAUCUCCAUCAUGUCAGCAAGCGCCUGGAGGAGGAGGCUGACAGAGUCAUCACGUAUUUAGAUCAGAGCACACAAAAACCGCUCAUUGCUAGUGUGGAGAAGCAGUUGCUGGGCGAACAUCUCACGACUACUCUGCAAAAAGGUCUGACUCACCUGCUGGAUGAGAACAGAAUUCAGGAUCUGUCUCUUCUCUAUCAACUCUUCAGUCGAGUGCGAGGUGGCGUUCAGGUCCUCCUGCAGCACUGGAUAGAAUACAUAAAGGCUUUUGGAAGCACAAUCGUAAUCAAUCCAGAAAAAGACAAAACAAUGGUGCAAGAGUUGCUGGACUUUAAGGACAAGGUGGAUCACGUCAUUGACAUCUGCUUCAUAAAGAACGAGAAGUUUGUCAACGCCAUGAAGGAGGCUUUCGAGACAUUCAUCAACAAACGGCCAAAUAAACCUGCAGAGCUCAUAGCAAAACACGUGGAUUCAAAGUUAAGGGCAGGAAACAAAGAAGCAACAGACGAAGAACUGGAGAAGAUGCUGGAUAAAAUAAUGAUUAUUUUUAGAUUCAUCUAUGGAAAGGAUGUUUUUGAAGCCUUUUACAAAAAGGAUCUUGCCAAAAGGUUGCUGGUUGGAAAAAGCGCCUCUGUGGAUGCUGAAAAAUCUAUGUUGUCGAAGCUGAAACAUGAAUGUGGAGCAGCGUUCACCAGCAAACUGGAGGGCAUGUUCAAGGAUAUGGAGCUUUCUAAAGACAUCAUGGUGCAGUUCAAACAGUACAUGCAGUGCCAAAACAUUCCAGGCAACAUUGAGCUGACGGUGAACAUCCUCACGAUGGGUUACUGGCCAACCUAUGUCCCCAUGGAAGUGCACCUGCCUGCUGAGAUGGUGCGACUACAGGAGAUCUUCAAGACUUUCUACCUGGGCAAACACAGCGGCAGGAAGCUGCAGUGGCAAUCUACACUCGGCCAUUGUGUCUUAAAAGCUGAAUAUAAAGAGGGCAAGAAGGAGCUGCAGGUGUCCCUCUUCCAAACGCUUGUGCUGCUGAUGUUCAACGAAGGAGAGGAGUUCACACUGGAGGAGAUCAAACUGGCAACCGGAAUAGAGGACAGUGAACUGCGCCGGACUCUGCAGUCACUUGCUUGUGGGAAGGCACGUGUCAUCACCAAAAUCCCAAAAAGCAAAGAUGUGGAGGAUGGGGACAAGUUUUCUUGCAAUGAUGACUUCAGACACAAGCUCUUCAGGAUCAAAAUAAAUCAGAUCCAGAUGAAAGAAACGGUGGAGGAGCAAGCCAGUACCACAGAAAGGGUCUAUCAGGAUCGUCAGUAUCAGAUUGAUGCUGCCAUCGUGCGGAUCAUGAAGAUGAGGAAGACUCUGAGCCAUAAUCUCUUGAUGUCUGAAGUGUACAACCAGCUCAAGUUCCCUGUCAAGCCUGCUGACUUGAAGAAGAGGAUAGAGUCUCUUAUUGACAGGGACUAUAUGGAGCGUGACAAGGAGAACCCCAACCAGUACAACUAUGUGGCUUAGAGAAAGAAAAAGUGACUGAGAAAAAGAGAUGCAGAUGGUCCAUUCAGGCUGAGGUCUCUUUUGCUCCAGUGGAUGUAAACCAUUAUCAUCUUCAACCCAGCGGCCGACAAGUGAAUGGAUACUGCUCCACAGGAUUCUUUUGUCAGGGUUCUUGUGAUCCUGUGGACUGCAUGCCCAUCGAAAAGAGAAUAGUGUCCGUAUUUCUCAGUGCCUCUGAGAGAGUUGGGCUACCGUGGAAAGACGAAGAAAACACAGAUGUUGUUCCGUUUGCUCUUUUUUUUUAAUGGAGAGGAAAAAAUAUUUAUUUUCAAACUUAGAUUAUUCUUUGUUCAUAGUUUGAAUCAAUAUGCUCUUUGUUAUUAAGUCACUUUUUGUCUUUCUGUUCACUCAGUAUCCCAAACAAAUGCAGACACUUCACAAUGCCCUAAAUGUAGUACAGAUUGGAGAGGAAAAAGGGAAAAACCGACUUUUUUCUUUAGUUAGUGUCAAAUUUGGGACUAUUGGAUUAACAUUUAUAGUAGGAAAUUGCCAAUUGGGUAAAAUCUGUGUCAAAUGUGUUCUACUGCAGCAAAUUUUACGAUUUUUUUUUUAAGGCCAUGUAGCCAUCUGAUAAAGCUGUGAUCAUGAACACACAAAGCGUUCAAAGCUCAGUUUGUGCCAAAAAAAAGCACUUAUUUUGUUGUAGGGUGUACUAAAGCUGCUAACACACUUCAGUUGUAAAGACAAUGCAUUUAAGUUUCUUGUUUCUUCUGUCUUUGUACAUACUCCACAAAAGUUACAUUUUAGAUGAUCUCAUCCGACACUGUCAACUGCUUUUUAGGUUUUUGUUAACCCUUAGAAAGUAUACUAAAAGCACAAUGACUUCAGAGCCCAUUUCCCCAUCUUCCGCGGAGUCAUACCACAUACACACUAUAUUUUUUUGUAUGUCUCCCUGUGUGGCUUGCAGGCCUUGUUGAAAAAUGAGGGGAUUGGAGGGGAUUGCCUCAACACUCGAGGAAGAAUAUGAUUGAGUAAACAUGCCCUUGUUUGUAUGAGUAUGUUAGAUUUAUUGCUACAGAUUAAAAUAACUGUUUUAAUCAGGUUUUUCUUUUUGUUAAAUGGUUUCCAGAGUUAGAAGAAACACUCAAAUUAUCACCUGAAAAAAGUAGCAAUACCACAAUGCUAAAAUACUUUGUUACAAGUAAAAGUCA